GGAGGGUGAGAGCGCUGUCAGUCACUAAGUUUCCAUUGCAACACUGACCGGCAAAAUUGUGAUAAGAGUCUGGGGCGAAUCUGCUCUUCGAGAAGUGUGAAAGCUGGGAGGAAUGCAUCACACAGCUGAAUGAGGCGAGGUGUGUGCACCACCUCAGACAGCGCAAAGACCUGAUCUCAGGACUCGGAAUAAUGACACGAUCUUCACCUGCGUUUUAAGAGCGGCAGACUCUGGAAAUGACUAUUGGUGAGCUGACGUCGAGAGCAGUGCUGUUGUACGACGAGUGGAUUAAAGAUGCUGACCCCAGAACUGAAGAUUGGCCCCUCAUGUCCUCUCCACUGCCUCAGAUACUCAUUAUUGGAGCAUACAUUUACUUUGUGACCUCACUGGGACCAAAAUUGAUGGAAAAUCGGAAACCAUUCGACCUCAAACAGAUCAUGAUUGUCUACAAUUUCAGCAUAGUGGCAUUUUCUAUAUACAUGUGUUAUGAAUUUCUUAUGGCUGGCUGGGCGACGGGCUAUUCAUUCCGCUGUGACAUUGUGGAUUACACAAGCUCACCUAAAGGACUAAGGAUGGCAUGGACCUGUUGGCUUUAUUACUUUUCAAAGUUUAUUGAGUUACUAGAUACAGUUUUUUUUGUACUCCGAAAAAAGAACAGCCAGAUUACGUUUCUGCAUGUCUAUCACCACUCCAUCAUGCCUUUCACCUGGUGGUUCGGAGUCAAAUUUGCUGCAGGUGGACUGGGGACGUUCCAUGCUCUUUUAAAUUCCAUUGUCCAUGUUAUCAUGUACUCCUAUUAUGGAUUGUCUGCUAUGGGGCCAGCCUAUCAGAAGUACUUAUGGUGGAAAAAGCACAUGACUACCAUUCAGCUUGCCCAGUUCAUCCUGGUCACAGUCCACAUUAGUCAGUUCUUUUUCAUGAAAGAUUGCUCCUACCAGUAUCCUGUUUUCCUCUACAUCAUUUGUCUGUAUGGAAUCGUCUUUCUACUGCUGUUCCUCAACUUCUGGUACCAUGCGUAUACCAAAGGCCAAAGGCUACCAAAAGCUGUGAAGAAUGGACUAAACAAGAACAAAGAACAGUGAAGACCUUGAAUACAAAUCCUGUCCUUUCUGCUAGCAACAAUCUUCAGUGAUGUUCACAGAGGAGAAAAAAGGGAGGGAGUGGAGGGGGAGGGGGAGGAUAAAUGUACACAGUGUAAACUUUUCUACAUUUUUCUAAAGUAUUUGAUUUUAACUUUUUAUAUCUUGAGAAAAAAUGAAAAUGAAUAUGCUGCUGUUACCAAAGUAUAUAACCUGACAGUUUUGUAUUCCUGCCUGGUAUAACUGUUUAAAUAUGUGAGAAAUCAUUUAGGUUUUAAGCCAAAUUCUUGUCUUCAUGAACUAUACAAGAUGGUAACCAUAAAGCACUUUAUCAGGUGCUAUAAGCAGCCCUUGUAUCAGUGUCCUUGAAUGAUAACAAAUACUGUUUAAGAUAGUUAUGCUACUUAAAAAUAAUUUAUUAAAAGGAAACAUGUCAUGUGUAUAACAUUUGUCAUAUAGUUGCUUUGUAAAAGGAAACAUGUUCUCUAUAUAUUUCAUUAGAAUGGUGCCUAUUUGUAUAACUGUGCUUGUUAUGUUUUAAUUAAAGAAGAAAAAUAAUUAAAAAAAAUUGUAACCAUGUGUCACAAUGUUCUGUAAUUUGGUAUAUGUGACACAUCUUUGAAGCAUGAACACAUUCCACAAGGCGCAAUAUUUAUAUAACUAUCUUCUAUUGGUGAUGUAAAGCUCUUGAAAGACCUUUUCUUGAUACCUGUGAAUGACAGGGAUUGAAUGUUCUGGAUUUAAGAUAUUGAAAUCCAUGUUGUGAUGAAGUUAUGACCUGUUGCCCAUGUUGUACUUUAAUGUUUUUCACACAAGUACAGUAUGAUCAUUCAGAGAAAGAAGAGCAGGUGGUUUAAUGUGACAUCAAAGCAGACAAGACAAUUUAAGAAGAUUAACUUGUUCCCAUUGGAACAGGGAAUGAAUCCUUUCCUACAAUUUGCUGUCAUUUCAGAUGCAUUGGUUUUUAAUAUCCAAUACCACAUGCUUUAAAAUUACUAUCCUAUACUAAACGUCUGCCAAAAAUUAUAAUAGUGCCCAAUGCUGAUAAACAAUUGAGUGCUGUGGGGUUUCUGACAGAACUGUAGCAGUGGACAGUACUUUUUCAGACAGUUGUACCAGUGCUUCAUUAAAGAUUGCUGAUUGUACUGUAGAUAGCUCUUCCUUAGCUUUAUUGCGUUGUCUUUUUUGUAGACAUGAACCACACUUAAAACAAUGUGUAGAAAUUCUUGACUUUUUUUUUUUCAAUCUGUAUUUUGUGCCAAAAAUAAAUGUGAUUCAGACAAUUUACCUAUGUGGUGAUCAAUGUAUAUUUCUGUGUUCAAGCUUGUACAAUAAAAUAAUAAUAAUAAUAAUAAUAAUAAUAAUAAUAAUAAUAAUAAUAAUAAUAAUAAUAUUAUUAUUAUUAUUAUUAUUAUUAUUAUAUUAUACGCUCUUGUAGUUACUGGUGCCUCUCCCAUGUUUGUAUGUCUUUUGUAGCCAGAUAUGCUGACGUUUUUAAUAACAUUCAAGCACCCCCCCAGGUUAUGGUUGUGCUUGCUUUUUUGCUCAUCUUAUUGAAUGCAUUAUAUUUUAAUUUUAUUUUCACUUACAUUUCAAACUCACGAGCAUUUCUGUGCUGCAAUAAACUUCCCC